AUGGCUGAAGUAGCAGAUUCCAUGUCCCCCGAGCUACUCUCAUCCUCCGACCCCGACUUCGACUUCGACAGUGUUGACGACGAAGAGAUACACGAUCAAGGUUUCCACGACAUCGACGACAACGACGACGACGUGGAAAUCACCGGCAUCAGUUCCGACAGCGACGAGGAAAUCACCGACGUCAAUUCCGACCUCGAAUCUACCGUCAGCCCUGAGGACCCGCACGAUCUAGUCCAACAUCUCCCAGACUUCUUCGACGACGGCUUUGAGGAAGGGGGUUUGUUUGUCGACGAUUUCUACGGCCAAGGCAGAAACGAACAACAGCUGGCAGUCCCGCAGAGUCCACGCCAUUUGCGCAAUCGCAAUCUCUUGUCUCCCGUGUACGAGGACUUGCAUCACGUCUACCGCUCCAUUUCCCCCCCAAACUACAAUAAUAAUUACAACAAUCUCGAUCACAGCCUUUUCCCAGCCAGGAUGGAUGCAGGAGGAGGUGCAGGACAUCAGAGAGACGAGCUAGUUGGGAUGGAGGUUCAGGGUCAAGGAAACGCCAGAGACCAUCGACACAAUGGACGGCCACAACCUGACGUGAUCGACCUCACGGGUGAUGAUAGCCCACCUGGACCUGGCCAGCCCGCGCCAUCUCGACAGCUCUCGCAGAACGCUCGCAGACGGCGCUCGCAGCAACGAAGUACACCUCCCCGGUUAGCACGGAGUGACGCCAACUACAUGGGAGGCCAUGCAGUAAUCAGCCUCCUCUCCUCCGACUCGGAGGGCGACGAACCUGUUGCAGUGCCGGCUGCGAGGCAGCAUGGGAACAACAAUGGUGCCGGGCGUGGUGCUAGAAACGCCAGGCCUGGUCCCCAGCAGCAACCUGCUGGCAGAGCACAAGCACAGCCCCCGAACAUGCAUGCACUUGGAAGUCUGCAUCAGAAUUUCCAGCAGAACUUCCAGCAGAUGCUCCACCAAAUACCCAAUCUCCCCAUCUUCAGUAUUUUCGGUGCAGCGAUGGUAGGCCAAGGUGAUGAUGACGACAUUGUCGUGGUGGCUGAGAACAACCGGGCACCCGGGCAUCACCCGCCGGCCCCGGCACACGUCCCCCUGCGUCCUGUGCAUCUCAACUACAACGCGCACCCGUUCGGUAUCGGGCGCGGGGGCGCGGGUGUAAACCCAAAGCCCGCGCAUCAACCCCCCAAGGAGACAACAGUGGGUUUCACGAGAGACACGGGCGAUGAGGUGGUGGCCAUCUGCGCAAGCUGCGAGCAAGAGCUAGCUUUCGAUCCAGACGGCGAAGACGACGGCCCGGCUACACCAGCAAAGAAACAGCGCAGCAAGAAGGACAAGGCUGAGCACCAUUUCUGGGCCGUCAAGGCCUGUGGACAUGUCUACUGCAAAAAGUGCUAUGAUAAUCGCAAGCCCGCUGCUAGAAAUCCGGUGCCUGUGAGCUUCCGGCCGGAGCCUAGUGGUGCAAAAAACAAGAUGAUGUGCGCCGUGGACGGUUGUGAUUCGGAAGUGAGCUCAAAGACGGCAUGGGUUGGUCUCUUCCUAUAG